UUUUAGCUUCAGGGGAGAAACUUAUUCACAGUUAAUUGUUUUAACAAGCUGUUGCAGUAGAACUGCGUGGAUCUGGGAGUGUGUGUGUGCAGGAAUGAAGCGUCUGAUGCGCAGAAGGAAAAAGCCUCAGGGGUCGUGUUCUUAUUGGCUAGGGACAAACUUCAGGACCAUCUGAUUGGCCCCACAGUGGAUUCCUGGGGGUUUGAUGGACAACAGAGGACGAGAAAAGGUUUCCAGACGGGACAGAGGAGAGCUGGAUAGAGGAGCACACCUUUAGCGCACAACGCAGUGGGGAGUUUGCGGGUGUUUGUCUCGGUGUGAACUUUCUGAUCAAUCCUAGAUGGAGUCAGAACUGGAUUAAAAGCUUCUCCUCAUCUCCGCGUUAUCAGUAAACUAAGAGGAAGAUGCUCCUUCCUGCGCUCCUGACCGUCUGGACUCUGCUCAGGCUCGGUUUGGGUUGCCAGCUCCCCACUGAAUGGCGACCCCUGAGUGAGGGAUGUCGCGCAGAGCUCGCUGAGAUCAUCGUGUACGCCAAGGUGCUCGCUCUUUACCGGGAGCAGUACUACCCUGUGAGCGCGCGCUACACCGCCGGUCACCCGUACGCGUACGAGCGCGCGGGGGCGGAGAGCGGGGAGGCGCUGCUCUACACGGCGGAAGUGGAGAUGCUGUGUGAUCAGGCGUGGGGCAGCAUGCUGGAGGUGCCCGCGGGAUCGCGCCUUAACGUCACCGGCCUCGGAUACCUGUCCUGCCAGUCUCACGUGGUGAUGGAAAACUACUCCUACAUCUUCUUCCUUAGGAUGGAUGAAAAUUAUAACCUCCUUCCCCACAGUGUUAACUACCAGGACGCCAUCUUCCCUGACACCCAGGAGAACAGACGUAUGUUCUCCAGCCUUUUUCAGUUCUCUAACUGCUCCAGUGAACACAUACUUCACAACCUCAGUCCAGACUGGGAGCACCAGGAGGAUCACAGGUUCCUGUGCUCGUCCAUGCAGCAGGUUCUGUUUGAGGAAGAGGAGCGUGCAGGUCGUCUGCAGAAGCGUGUCAGUGAACUGGAGAAGAAAAACCAGAAGCUAAAAAAUCGUGUCGGGAAGCUGAAGCGCUCGCUGCACAAAGAGCGUAAAGUGAGCCGCCGUUAUGGACGCGAGCUACAGGAGCUCCAACAUCGUCUGAGCACCAACAAGAAGAACUCCGAACAUCACGUCAACUCUAUCACUCCUCCACAUAGGCUCUCACGCCACAAAUACACACACACACUGUGAACACACACGGCAACAAGGUUUGGACUUGACACUGCUGGACAGUAUCUUUUUUUAAAGUACAAUAGAGACAGUGCAAAAGUUUGCACACCCUUAGGAUGCAAUUAAGGCAAGGGAAUUUAAGGUAUAUUCAUUCACUCAUCAUUAGUAAGUGCUGCUUAGAGUCAUGGUGGAUCUCGAGCCUUUAUCAGGAACUCUGUGUAAAAUGGGAAUACAUCCUGGACAUGACGUCACAUCAUCGCAAAGCAACACAAUUAUUUUCUCAAUAAAUAAAUAAAUAACCAAGUAUAAUAUUUGUGUCUCAUUUGUUUAAUUGGAUUCUAUUUGUCGCUUUUUUAGAACUUGACUAAAUCUGAUGAGGUUCCAGGUCAUUUGUGCAGAAAAUUCUACAAAAAGACUAAAUAAACCCUUAGUUAUUUAACCCAUAUAUCUACAGUAUAUCAUAACUAUUUUGUAUCACUGCAUCUUUUU